AUGACUUCCUCGUUCUCAGCCUGGUUUUGGAGCGACAGAUUUUGGCUUCCCGAAAAUGUUUCCUGGGCGGACCUGGAGCAUCCGCCACCUGGCGUGGAGUAUCCUCGAGUGGGAGACAUACUGUACGCCCUUCCACUGGCGGUCGGGGUUUUCGUGCUGAGGAUUCUGUUCGAAAGGCUGGUGGCCAAGCCCUGUGCCCACAUACUUCAGAUUCAGGCGGGAGUGCAUCGACAAGUCCAGCCUAAUGCUGUCUUGGAGAGGGUUUAUCUGUCAAAAACGUGUCCAGAAACAAAGCAAUUGGAGGGACUUUCCAAGCAACUGGACUGGGAUGUACGGAAAAUACAAAGAUGGUUUCGCAUCCGCCGCAACCAAGAAAAGCCUAGUAUGCAGAAAAAGUUCUGCGAGAGCAUGUGGCGGUUCACAUUUUACUCGGGGAUUUUUAUUUAUGCCGUUCGUCAUUUAUGGGUGUCGCCCUGGACAUGGGACACCAGACAAUGUUGGGACAACUAUCCCUUUCAGCAUCAGAGUCCUCAACAAUUCAAUCACUAUGUGGCUGAGCUGGCAUUUUAUUGGUCCCUGAUGUUUUCCCAGUUCAUAGACAUAAAACGUAAGGAUUUCUUCAUCAUGCUUGUCCACCACCUGGCCACUAUCGUGCUUAUCACAUUCUCCUACGCCAACAACAUGCUAAGAGCAGGGACUCUGGUCAUGUGUGUGCAUGACGCAUCAGACAUCUUCCUUGAGGCAGCCAAACUAGCCAACUAUGCCAAAUACCAACGCCUUUGUGAUGGCCUUUUUGUGGUGUUCAGCAUCAGCUUUUUCAUCGCGCGACUUGUCAUCUUUCCUUUCUGGAUUAUUCACAGUGUUCUGAUAGAGAGCUGGGAGAUUGCAGGCCCAUACCAGGCUUGGUGGCUGUUUAAUGGUUUACUUUUGGUCCUGCAGACUCUUCAUAUCAUCUGGUUCUACCUCAUUGCACGCAUUGCUAUUAAAGCCAUAUUUAAGGGAAAGGUGGCAAAAGACGACCGCAGCGACAUCGAGAGCAGCUCGGAUGAGGAGAUUUAUUCCAGCAACAGUAAACACCCCAAUCAGACAAGUAACCUCAAUGGAGAAAAACAUGAUCACUAAGGAAAAGUGUGGAAAUUGAGUGUGGAUUUUGUUCACUUCCAUUGUGCCUUUGCAACUCACCUUGUCACUUUGACCAUCUUAGAAGAUAACCAAAGAAAAGACUGUGUGCAGGAUACAGUUGGUCCUUUUUACACUUGAUGUUUACACCUGUUUCAUGCUUGCAAGAGUGAAAGAAAAUUUAGCAACCAAAUCAGGUUUGCCUUCUUAUUGUGCAUGUAUGCCUCUGGGUGCGGGGGUCUGUGCAUGUGUUUGUGUGCGUGUAUUGUGUGCUUGUGUGUUAAUAUGGCAAAAAUUGCAUUGUAACAGAUCAACGCAACUGUCAAUAUUUCAUACAAAUAAUUACAUUUUUACAGAUG